AUGAGGCUUGGUUCUAACAAGGGGAGGAAAGGGAAUUCAGAGUGAGGCUUGGCUCUAGACAAGGGAGGAAAUUGAAUUCAGAGUGAGGCUUGGCUCAGGAAGUAUGCGGUGGUGGAAGGUUUUGAAUGCAGUAGUUUACUAUUGGAAGUUAGAGGAUUCUGCUGUAAGGUAUUGGGGAUCUCUUUUAUUGUUUAGCAGACAUUUUUUUAAACUAGUGUUCUGUAUAUAUUUGGAAAGUAACUCUGUGUGACAGUUUGCUGCAUGACUUUCAAUGACAUCAGAUGUGGAACAGGAAGUGAAUGCCAGACUAGUUAGUGCAUGCUUCUGCUGUCAGAGAUCCCAUCUUCCAUGCUACUCUGCAAUAACUGGGAAGUCUGCAUGUAUUUGUGAGAAUAACAUCCCUCCAGGUGCCUGAAUCCUCUUUAAGGCAAUCUAGAACACAGUGUGCGUGCCAUCAGUAGGUUGGCUGCAAAGACCCAGAAGAGACAGCUGGCUCCCGAUGACACAAGCAAAGCAGAUGGUGGCAUGGUGGUCUUUGGCAGAGUACAGCAGGACAACGCUGGAUUUGCUGGAUGUGUAGAUACAUUUGAAGCAUUCUCACAAGACCUAAACAUAUCCAUGAAUUUAAAGCUUGGAAGAUUGCAGUACAGCAAAAUGAAUGUUCCGUUCUACUGGAUCUUAUAAGACUGUCUCCCUGUAGCCCAGACAUGUUCCGCUGCAGCAGGACUUUGCAAUUUUCACUGCGCUUCAUUCAGACCCGUAGUAAAAGUUCAGACGCGCUGCUGGAGCAGCUGAAGCAUUGCACGCAUGAAUCUCAGUUAUUCCAACUUGUUGCGUUCAAUAAACCUUUACUGUCUGUCAAUCAUGUCAGCUUUGCAAUCAGGUUGUUGUGGCAAAUUCAGAAAGAAAAAAAUGGGAGACGAAACCUCGAGGAGAUCCAGAGUCACCCGGAAUUUAUUGCUCUUCGUGGCUUAGCAGAAAAUAAAGUCAGAUGUAUGAAGGACAAAGACUUGGUGGACACUUUAUAUUCUGCUGUAAGGCUUGGAAUGAAGGGCCAUCACACUCUGGCGCAGCAGUUGGUUGUGGAAGUUUGGAAAAGACUAGAAAGUUUAGACUUUUGCUCACUAUCAAAGUUUUCCGUUUGUUUGGUAAAACAUGGCAUGUAUUCAAGCCCACUGCUCGGACAAAUAGCCAGCAUUGUGGACAAGAAGCUCAAUGAUCUGCAAGAUCUAAGAAUCCUCUCCAUUUUGAUGAUCCGCUUACAGCCUGUCUGUUCAACAAGCCUACAGCAUCGACUGAUCACAAAGGCACAUUCUCUAAUGGGAGAGGAAGAACCAGUUAGUGUAAAUACCUUGGAAAGAAUUGUUCGUUUUGCAGAAGGAAUGGAUUCUUUUAAACCAUCCAUAAAAGAAAAAUGUUUUGGAAUUAUUGUACAGCAGAUGAAGCAAGCAAAUUUAAGAUCCUUUUGUGUUCUCUUUGAACUGUACCAGUCUCUAGACAUUUACCACCCUGAAGUUCUAGUAAUGUUAAAGUCAAGAUUGCUGGAGUUAUCGGAGCUGGAUUGCAAUACUCAAGGUUUCACCAGAAUAUUUUGUAUAUUGCUACCUUGGACUUCACAAGAGACAAGAGAAAGACUUGAAAACAGUCUUUUGGGUUUGGCAGAUGAUGAUGAACUUCAUUACAAGCGGUUAUUGGAAAUUCUAAUAAGUAUGGCUGUAGCCAAAUGUAGACAUCCCAUCCUGAUUCACAAGAUUUUUUCCUUGGCAAUGAAAAAAUUGGAUCGCUACGGGUCAAAACAUCUAUGCACAAUGGCAAGGACAGUGGUAUUUUUGUCUUGCCAAAAUUAUAACUUGUUUGCAGAUUUACAACGUCACUUAUUAUGCAAGUUGAAGACAUGUGUAAUCAUAAAUCCUAUAAUAAAGAUCACCAGUGUCCUCUCCCUGAUGUCCCCCGGAAGUGUGGACAAGGCCAUCCUUUCUAAGCUGGAUGAUAUUGUUCUGCAGUGUGAUCUGUAUCAGAUAAAUCAGAUGGCUAAUGGGGUCAUAUUAUGGUUGUUGAAAACCCCCCCAAGACGUAGCUAUACGAAGUUGUACAAAAAAAUGAACACGUAUGCACUGGAAAAGAUCAGGAAUAUGGAGAACAUUGACGUUCUCCUAAAGGAGAUGACGAAUGUGGUGACGGGACACUGGUUUCAGGAUGUCCUUGUGGAAGCCACCUUGGAGACCUGCCAGCGUUUGUUGCCUCAAGUUACCUAUAAGAAUGUUUUACCUUUGUCUAGAAUGAUUACUUUGAGCCUUACAAGGUGCACUCCGGUUCUAGAUAAAAUUGCAGCGGAGACUAUGGGGAAUGUUGCAGAGUUUUCUUUACAAGAGCUGUACACAAUUCUAAGCCCUUUCAGCUAUCUGACAUACGAGCCCCCCAAUGCAGAGGAGUUCUAUGAUGCGUGCAUACAGCAGUGUCUAGCAAAUCUUCAUUCAGUGAGGCCUUACCGCGUGGUAAUGCUGGCUUAUAUAUUAACUUUGGCAGAACGCUUGCCAGAAGGCUUGGUAAAAGCUAUAUUCAAUGUUGACUUCCUAAGCAGAUUGGAUCUAGAACUUGAUGUCUCUAAAGCUGAGACACGUAUGACGGUAAGGAGACGUCUAAUGGAAGUAAACCGAGCUUUAUGUAUCGAGUGCCCAGAAUAUCAGAUUCCGUGGUUCCAUGACCAGUAUUGUCAACAGCUGCAGCAGACAGACGGUGACUAUAAAAACCCCAUACUUAACCAGAUUCGGCACCUGUUGGGAGAGGCCCUCGGUGGAAUACAUUAUACGAGAAUGUCCAUUGUUACACCAUAUUAUUACUCUGUAGACUUUGAAUGUAUACUGGACAAGAAUAAAAACCCAAUUUCCUACACGGACCUAAACCUGCCUUCUGCGGAUGUUUCCAAACUGCAGUCUGAGAUUGACGGUACGAUGCAGGAAGAUGAACCUUUGCCACCAGGAGCGCAAAGGGUUGCUGUGAAUUUUCUUUAUCCAAUAGAAUACUGCAGAAACUCUUUACAUCCCACGGGACUGACAGGCAUGAAGAAAAGACAUCUAGAAAUGCUAGGAUAUCAUGUGAUUCAGAUCCCUAGUACUGAAUGGAAUUCAAUGGAACUGGGAACAGCUGAGCGCUGGAUAAACUACCUCAGGGAAAAGAUAUUUUCUGAUGAAUUUUGAUGUUUUAUAUAGUUAUAAAUAUAUUUUUUAUUAAAAUAAAGUUCUACCUUUUUACAAUAACAGAA